UAAAUAACGGGAAAAGGUUUUUCUGAUGUAUUAAAUAGUAAAUGACUUAAUGACCCGAAUAAUUUAGUUUCUGGCAUUCAAUUUUUUAUCAUAUCAAUUGAAAUACACAUUAAAGUGCAUCGGUUUGAAGUUAUCUUGUUAAAAAAUAGAAACUUAAAGAUCAGUGCAUCGUUAUACGUACGGACGGCAAUCUACUAGAGUUUUAUGUUCAUUCCUAAACAAAUUUAACGAAAAUAAAAUUGUUUGGGUUUUUUUUUGACACGAGUAAACAUGGACGGGAAACUAGUUUUUCACGGAAUUGCGUUAUUCAAUUUCCUGUUUGGAAUUUACUACGAUCAGAACUAUGUCAAUUUACCGGAUCCUUUUAAAACGCUGGUAGAGAGUUCGGGUACAUUUCUGAAAGGUCGCACAGCCUUUUUAACAUUCUUGAAUAUGAUAAUUCAAGCCAGCUACUUUACACUGUGCUUGUUGAAUGAUAUAUUCGGAACGAAUGAAGUUUCGCCACGGAAAUCGUCAUCGCUACGACAACUCAAAGAUUAUGUGUUUGGUGCCUUUGCCUGGCCACUUGCCUUAAACGUUGGCGUAUCCUUUUGGACGUUGAUGGCCAUUGACAGAGAGUUGGUGCUGCCGAAAGCAUUGGAUGCGUACUUUCCAACAUGGCUGAACCAUGUUAUGCACACCAACAUUGUCAUAUUCAUUGUUUUGGAACUAUUUACAACAUUCCGUCAAUAUCCAUCGCGUAAAUCAGCCUUAACCGGUCUGAGCAUUUUCAUGCUCGCCUAUUUGGUAUGGAUUCACAUCAUAAAGCAUUACGCUGGCGUAUGGGUGUAUCCCGUACUGAACGUUCUUGAAUUCGGCCAACGUAUCGUGUUCUUCAUUGUGAUAUUGUUGUUCUGUUUGGGCCUGUACUUUGUGGGCGAAUUUUUGAACAAUAAAAUUUGGGCCAGUGAGCUGCGACAAAUUAAAUCGAAGAGGAAUAAGUGAGAAGUUAACAAAUGUGUGCAGCAGCAAGUGCAGUAUGCGAGUCGUAUGUGUAAGAAAACUGUUGUUCGGCGAAUUCACAAAACAAAAUAGUAUUUUGAAGUGCCGCGACGGUUGAAUUUUGAUAAACACGGGAACUUAUAUUUAACGGCACUACUUUUAAUUUGGAAAUUUUUUAUAUUCGGGAUAAUGUAUUACAAGAGCAAUAUGCAAUGUGACCUUAGUAACUUUCGUAGACCUAAUAAUACGGAGUAGUUUUUCUGUGUAUGAUCUCGGACUAUUACGUU